UCUUCUCGCUCUCGAUUGAAUCUCUAGAUACUUUGUAGUCCCAAGCUUUCCGAUCGCCUACCGGAUCUCCUCAGCAUCUGAUUCACACCCACUCACGGUCGUCCAGCACCUCAACUUUGUUUGCCACUGCCAACAUCGCCUCCUGCAUCGCAUUCCCCGAUUCGCCUUCAAUUAUUUACAGCGCCAUGUCCGAGCAUCCCAAGCGUCAGCAGAAAAAGAAGUUUGUCUCGCUUUCCGAGUUCAACAGCCAGCAGCGCCAGCAGCAGAAGGGCCAGAGCCCGCUCUCUGCCGGGGCCGAUUCGUCCUCUGCCUCGCAGCUCCCGCCCGCCUCGCCCCCGGCCCAGUCCUCCCCCGACGCCUCGUCAGAAGCAGCGGUCGACCUGGCCGCCUUGACUCUGGCCAAAGGUGGCCCACGCCAGAACCAAUCCCAGUCCCAGUCCCAGUCUCAAAACCAAAGUCGUCACCAACAUAACCGCCGCAACCAGCGGGGUGGAAAACCCCCGGAGGCGGCUGCAGACAGCAGUCCCGCCAACCAGGGCCGGUCCCGAAACAAUGCCAGGGCUGCUGCUGCCCCUCCCCCUGUGCCUGUACCCGAAGACGACUCGGACAGCAGCUCGGAAUCAGACUCGGAGGAGGAGCUGUGCAUCAUCUGCGCCGAUCCCAUCUCGUGGUAUGCCGUUGGCGAGUGCAACCAUCGAGUCUGCCACAUGUGCUCGCUCCGCCUCCGUGCCCUCUACAAGAUCAACUCGUGCUCGUACUGUAAGAGCGAGCUCAAAGACGUCGUCUUCACCAAGGAUAGAGAAGCUCCCUUUUCGUCGUUCAAUCUCGCGCGACUUCCUCAUCACGACAAACGGACAGCAAUAUACUUUGACAGCGACGAGAGCUACGAAGAAGCAAUGAUUUUGCUACGAUUCAACUGUCCGGAUCCCGACUGCGAGGUUGCAUGUCCGGGCGGGUGGGCUGAGCUCAAGAACCACGUCAAGCAUGUCCACAAAAUGAAGAUGUGCGACCUCUGCACCCGCCACAAGAAGGUCUUCACUCACGAGCACACGCUCUUCACGAACGCCACGCUCAAUCGCCACUACAGCGAAGGUGAUCCAGAGGACCGGUCCUUCCGCGGGCAUCCCGAGUGCGGCUUCUGCAGCCUCUCGUUCUAUGGUCAAGAUGAACUCUUUGAGCACUGCAAGAAAGAUCACGAACAGUGCUUCCUGUGCGUGCGAGCCGGCAUUCGCAACCAAUAUUAUGCCAACUACGAAUCGCUGGAGAACCAUUUCCACUCUGAUCACUUCUGGUGCAAGGAGCCCGAGUGCUUGGAGAAGAAGUUUAUCGUUUUUGCCACUGACAUUGACUUGCUCGCGCACGAGAUGGAAGCCCAUCCCGGCAAGCGCUCCGGCAAGGGCCGCCCCAACAUCGAACUCAACUUCUCCUACAGCGGCAGCGCCUCGCGUGAGCGCCAUGCAAGGGGCGGCGACCACGGCCACCGGGAUUCUGGGGCAGGCUCCAACUCCCGUGGCCGUGGCAAGGGCAAGGCUCCUGCAACCCCAUCUCCCGUGGCCGAUCAGCCUAGCAACAGUGUUUCGACUCACUCGCAGGACUCACCUACGCCAUCGCCAUCGACAAACACGGUUCCUGGCGGACGGAUUCGACCACCCCCUGGAUUCGGCUCUCAGCUCACCCCGGCGGAGCCUGCUGCAGUCGUUGAGGCUCCACCCACUCCCACCCCAGCGGCCCCUGCCGAAUGGAUUGCCAAAUCGAAAGCCCGGAGCAACCUGCGCUCGACCGAAGACUUCCCGUCGCUCUCGAGCGCGGCCUCUGGAUCGUCGAGCUCUCAACGAACGCCGAGCGGACCAAGCUAUGCUAACCCCAACGCCGCCGCCGCCGCCGCAUCGUCCAGGUCGGCGGAAGGUGAUCCCGAGUUGAUCCCAAAGCUCCAGCAGCUCUUUGGCUCGGAUCUCCCGCGCUUCAACCAGUUCAAGGCAAUGCUGGCGCAAUUCCGCUCUGGCGAGAUGCAGGCUGCUGAGCUCUUGGAGCGGUUCCUUCACUUGGCCACAUUGGGCAAGACUGCCGGAAAGCAGACGCAUCACGCCGAACACGAAGCCGCCCGCAUCUGGACAAAGCUGGCCGAAACGGCGCCUGCAGAUGGUCUUGGCCGUCCUGGAUCCAUCACGAAGCGCGAGGAGAUGCUCUUUGCCCUCAACGACUGGAAGAUCAAGCAGCGGCGCAUCAGCGAGUCCACCACGCCCAAGCACAAGGCGCCCUACGGGCUUGCGACCGCUGGCUCGUCCGUAUCUCCCAGCCCGCCGUCGCCCUCCGGCUCCAAGGUGCUUGUGAUCAAGAGCGCCUCUAACAAGCAGCGCGUGAAUGCUGCUGGAUGGGCAGCAAGCAGCGCCGGCCGUGGAUAUGCCAAGCCUGCUGUCGAGCUCGACGAUGGCGCCUGGGACCGGAUUGCCAGCGACACCAUCAACAGGAUGCGCGAGCCUCCGACCCCGCCAAGCCCACAGACGUUCGUGCCGUCCAAUACCACUCCAACGCCCAGGCCUGCGGCAUCAGCAUCAGCAUCGACAUCAUUCUCGGCCAUCAUUUCGGAGCCUCGGGUCAAAGGCGGUGCUUUUGGUCGUGGCACCAGCGCCCAGGACGAGUAUCCAGCCUUGGCGCCGACCAAGACUUCGACCAAGAGCGCGUACAUGCGAACCGGGUCGCAUGGCACCCGGGUGAUGCAAAACUAUGGCCUCAUUUCUCCCGCACCAGCAUCCAACCCGUGGGGACCAGCAGGCUCUGCCGACAACGACGAUCCUGAGGAGGACUCUCAGCUCGAAGAUCGCUCGAAAAGCAAGCGACAGGGGAAGAAGAAGCAAGUUUUGCUUCGUGUCGGGCUGUAGCCCCCUCCCCCACUGCC